AUGGCUGCCAACUUGUUACGAAGCACUUUCACGUUAAACGCAGUAAGAAUGGGCAACGCUCCUUCCUCCUCCUCAUCGUCGUCGUCAUCAUCCGGUAGAAGAAAACACUCCUCUUCCUCCUCCUUCAAAGCGGGCAUCAUCGAAUGGGCGAACGGGUUAGGAGGAAAAGAAGAUUCCGACGGGUGUAAAGGAGCCGACGCACCUGCGGGGAGUACAUAUCCAAUCAUGGCGGAUGAAUCCAUCAUGUCUAAAAAAGCACACGGAACGUCAGACUCUCCCGUUCAGAAAGAGUUGCGUUGGAACUGUGAUUACGAAACCGCUGAUAGAAUCUGUAACUUCAAUCGUCAUUACGCGGAAUAUGCGGGAUAUUUCCUUUCGACGUCCUUCUUGAAAGAAGUCGAUCGGACGAAAGAGACGACGUAUUAUGACUCCGUCACUGGGAAGCCGUUGUUCGUGGCACCGAGAGGCAGAACUUUUGAGGAGUUUGAGUCGGAAUCUCGUGCCCACGGUUGGCCCUCUUUUCGCGAUGAAGAAGUUGUUUGGGACAACGUUCGCUGCGUCCCUGGCGGCGAAGCCGUAAGUACUACGGGCACGCAUUUAGGCCAUAAUCUCCCAGACAGAAAGGGUAAUCGAUACUGCAUAAAUCUUGUUUCAGUUGCGGCGAUGCCAUCGAAGUAA